UUUAGUGAUGGUACCUUCGCCCAAGAAUAGAGGGUGGGAAGAAGCACUUCACUCACUAGCCAAAUCAACCUCAAGAUGAUGAUGACCUGAACCAUACCAUACACAACCAGUAGGUCCUAUUGUUUUCUCGGAGACGGCAAGUUCUUGCUCUUAUGGAAACCAUACUUCAAUCUCUUCCUCUAGUUACUAUUCCUAAAGCUCAUCACUCCUCCUCCUCUGCCUCUUCAUCCGCAAUCUUCUUCCAUUGCAAUGCCUCUUCAGUAGCUUGUACUUCUGCAACUCGUAAUUUUCCAAAGGGAUUUCUCUCAGUUUGUCCUUCCAGAGCAAAGGACAAGAGUAGCCUCGGGGCUUUAUAUGCUUCACAAGCUGAAACCCCUCCUACCGAAGCUGCAGAAAGAUGGCUUCUUGUUCCUGUUGGAGAUGGUGAUUCAAGGCACAUAGGCUUCAAGGUUGAGAUGCCAGGUGCAUAUGAAAUUGCUUCUAGUGAUGUGACUGUUGGACGUGUUCCAGAGAAAGCUGAUUUGGUAAUUCCAGUUGCAACAGUUUCUGGUGUGCAUGCACGCAUUCAGAAGAAAGGAGGGGAUCUUCUGGUCACAGAUUUGGAUAGCACCAAUGGAACAUUCGUUGAUGACAAGAAGCUGAGACCCGGAGUGGUUGCUACUGUGUCUUCUGGAAGCUGCAUUACAUUUGGGGAUAUCCAUUUGGCUAUGUUUCGUGUAUCAAAGAUUGAGAAUGUGGAGACUGAAGGCAAAGCAGAAGAUGAAGAAGAAACUCAAGUGGACUCUGUUACCACACCUGAGAGUACUGAGUCAAGUUGAUCAGCUUCCGAGGUUUGUCUUGUGAUGAUUGAUGUAUAGACUUAAAUUAUUAAAUCAAAUCAAUUGUUCGGUUUUGAAUUCCUCUCGACAUUUGUGUAUGAUGCUAAGCUGAGCUCUUCUUGUUCCCCGUGUUGAAAAAACCCUGCAAAUUUGGAAAUGAAUAACCAUUAUUCAUAACUUACGAA